AUGUAUACGAAUCAUUCUCUUGUUUCAAUUCUUGAUAUGGGCCUAAUCGAUGCCUGUAUUCAUCUGAAUGCUCAACUUCCUCGAAUGACCGUACAGGAACUUCAUGUUGAAUUACCAUAUGUUAUUCGUCGUAUAUUUGGUUUUGGCCGUUUUGAUUGGUCACUACGUGAUAUAGGUAAUGAUCGAAGUAAUCUAUUUUCACUAGUUCAAGAAUUCUUUUCACCAUGGAAUGGUGAAUUAUGGAAAGCAUUAACUCGUUUACAAGAUCAUACACCACAAUUUACAUUUCAAUUCAGUAUAGCUGAUUUACCAGCGCAUUUACGUGCUAAACUUGCAUCAUUAUGUUUACCGGAUAUUGUUCGCGGACGAACAACAACCACUGGACAACAUUUAACAUCAUUAGCACUUGAUCCAAUUGAAUAUUUUCUAUUCAAUCUACUUUCUUAUGUUGUUUCUGAUCAACAAACACCGGAUCGUCCAAUGCGAAGCGAUUCAAUAUAUUUAAACAUUCUUGAAAUGUAUUUAUGUCUAUUUCUACCAAUUGAUGCCAGUGAAUUUCGUUUACUCCUUACGCCAACAAGUAAUUCUUCAAGUUCAAAUGCUCUUUCAACUUCACAUGCGCAUGAUCCACGCGUAUUACCACCGGUGCCUGUUGAAACAACACCAAAAAAAAGUCCUAUUCGACAAUCGUAUCUAUUUGGAAGUAAUAUAAAACAAAGAGGAGAUGGACAAGAAAAACAUAUGAAUUUAAAUGCAUCAUCCACAUCGUCAUUACUUCCAUCACCAACAUCUGCAGUUCUAUCCACAACAACAGCGGAUACGAAUGAGUUGAUGAAGAAAAUUGAUUAUUUUAUUAAAUGCUAUGUAGCAUUUCUCAUUGAUGUAUUUCAACCAUCGAAAUCUGUUUUCGGUACAAAUAGUGGUUCAAUUCUUGUUCAAGAAUUUAAUCUGUCCGAUGUUCAUUUAUUGUGUAUUCGUAUGUUUAUUAAACGUCUGCAUUUAUUUUGUUCUUAUCAAAUUGGUGUUGGCGGUAAUAAUGUUUUUCUUCUUAAUACGGGCAUGACAUUACUUGAACAACGUAAUCUACUGGUACCAUUGCAAACACUUAAAAGAACAUGCAUCGAGACCUAUGUCCGUCAACCUCUAUAUACUCUUCUUCAAGUUGGUAUUGUUCGAUGUCCACUCGAUCAACGUUAUAAUACUCUUCUAUUCAUUUGGUAUACAUACAUACGGCCGUGGCGUUUUAAUCCUGAAACAUCAUCUAAUGAUCAUAGAAUAACAAAUUUACUUGAUACAACAACAAUUGAUCUCGAUACCUCACGACAAGAACCAUCGAUUAUCAAUACAGAAACAAUAAAUUUCGUUGAACAUAAUCUCCCGUUUUAUGGUCGUCUUUUUCAAUGUGCUAUUGAUCGUUUACAAAAAACAGAUUUAACAAACGUACUGAUUGCACAACAUGUCAAUAAACUAGCCAACGUAUUUUCUGCUAAAAAUUUCUCUUCAUUACUUCUCAAAGCUGAACAAGUAGCGAUGUAUUCAUUAUCAACAUCAUAUUCGCCUAACAAGCAACGCACUUCUCCGCCAUCAUCACCUGAUGGUCCACGGCCAUCUUAUUCUAUCUUAUGCGAUGAAACUCGUACACUAAUGUUAGCGUUUCUACGUAAAAUGUCAAGUGUUCUACAACGGAAUGAGCGUUGUAUCGAAGAACGCGAUCUCUUAGUACAACGAGAAAAACAAAAAGCUCUACAAGCAGCAGAAAAUAUGUCAACAAAUGCUUCUGAUGUAUUCAAGAGAUUUUUUGUUAAAUUUCUCUAUAUACAACCGCAAAAAUCAACAACAGAAAAUAUUCAAUUAAAACCACUCCUCUCCCCCGACAUUAUUCAACAAUUAACAAAUACAAAAACCAAAUUCAGUGAACUUUUUCAAAUCGAUGCGAAUACAUUUGAUACAAUAAUCAGCGAUGAUGAACCAUCCUUAGCACAUUCACUGGAUGCAUCGUUUCAAGCAAAUAAAUCUUUAUCGACAUCUCACACAGGAUCACCACUAAAUUCUUCUUAUAUUCCUUAUGAUUUUGAUAAUCCGAUUUUAUCUCAGCCAAAUCCAUUUGAAAUUCCACCAUUACUUUGGUUUAAUCAACAACUUUCAGAAAAUAUUAAUAUUCGAUAUGCUGACCAAAUCAAUUCGUUAUAUAAUCGUCAAGAUUUGUUUGGUUUAUUCUGUCGUCAAUUAUUAUAUGGCCCAAAGGAUCCACGAUUUCAAUCAAUACGUACACCUCAAAUAAAUUUUCGCCAUUUUACUGAUAUACGUACUUUACUUCUACUGACACUGAUCUAUUACGUUGUACGAUUCAUUAUUGGUGGAACUAAUUUACCGUUGAAUCUUUUAUUAUUAACACUCAUUAUUUUUCUAUGGAAUAUCUUGCGAACUAUACAAACGUAUAGACACUCGUUAAGUUCAUUGUGA